AUGACGGAGUUCGUGGACGGCUGGGUCUUGGGCCAUACUCUCGGCGAAGGAUCUUAUGGCGAGGUCAAGCUGGUCAUAAACAGAUCAACCAGUGAGGCAGUUGCCAUGAAAAUGAUCGACAUAGAGAAGCAUCCAGAUGCCAGGCAUUCGGUGCGCAAGGAGACCACUAUCCAUCGUAUGCUGUCAAAUCCUAAUAUUAUACAAUAUUUUGGGAAGCGCAGUGAAGCGAACAUGGAAUAUAUAUUUUUGGAGUAUGCUUUAGGUGGAGAACUAUUUGACAGAAUUGAACCCGACGUCGGAAUGCCAAGGUACCAAGCGCAAAAAUAUUUCAGACAGUUAAUUUCUGGAGUAGAGUAUCUACACGGUCGAGGGAUUGCACACAGAGAUCUCAAGCCGGAGAACUUGCUUCUAGAUGAUAAUGAUAAUUUAAAGAUAAGCGACUUUGGAUUAGCUACGAUAUACCGUCUGCACGGUAAAGAACGUCCUCUGGAAAAGAAAUGCGGCACAUUACCUUAUGUUGCACCAGAAGUACUAGAAAGAUCAUAUUUGGCGGAACCGGCGGACAUAUGGUCUUGUGGAAUUAUCCUAGUGGCUUUAUUGUCUGGAGAACUGCCUUGGGACGAAGCCUUGGCAGAUUGUCCCGAAUACGUCGCGUGGAAAAACGGCAAAUACAUGUCGUUGACACCGUGGAAGAAACUGGACAAUGCGUCAUUGUCGUUGAUCAGAAAGAUCCUCGCGGACACGCCAUCGGCACGAUACAAGAUCGCGGACAUCAAGCAACACAGGUGGUUUGUCACAAGUUUCAGCAGAGGAGAUGAGCCAGACGGACGAAAUCCGGCACACGCGGAAGAUGAAAAUCUGAGGAACGUUUGCCUGUCGCAACCUGAAUUGCCAGGUAUGGAAAGUAACGGUGUCAUUCAAAUUAAUUUAGACGGACGACCGUUCUCGUUUUCUCAGCCUGCACAUGUGGAGGAUCUUUUAUUAUGUACACAAUUACAAGCUAUGCAGCAAACACAGCCAAGUCAGCAAAACUCUCUCCAGAAAUUGGUCCGCCGAAUGACCAGAUUCUUCGUUAAAACGGGAUGCGAGGAUGUUAUUAAGAGGUUAAUCAGAAUUUGCGAGAAGGAGAACUAUUCUUAUCGCGCUAAUGAUUAUGGAACGGUCACGUUAUCUACGAUAGAUCGACGGAAAAUGACGCUUGUUUUUAAAGUGAACUUUAUAGACAUGGACGGAAAUAUACUGGUCGAUUUCCGCUUGUCAAAAGGCUGCGGUUUAGAAUUCAAGAAGGCGUUCAUCAAGAUCAGAUGCGCCCUGGAGGAUGUAAUUCUCAGGAACUCCGUUGCGUAUCCGAAAUUGCAAUAGCUGUGAGAAAACUUUAACACGCCAUGGGAUUCACCGGUAACCAACACUGAUUUUGCCACGUUUCAUUGUUUUAAAGCGUAAUUGAUUGCGCUCAACUAAUUAAAUACGCGAUUAAUGGGUCGAAUAAAGCUGAUAAAACUAUUUAACGAAUAUACGUAUCGGGCAAUUGAUGUAUUCGUCGUAACUUUUUGGUUAUCGAACCUUCAAUUAAAUUUUUAAACGAUACGUGGAAAUCAGUGUGGCGGUUACAUGUCAAUAGGUAUCACGUGACAAUAUAUACAUUUUAUAUUAU